UCUCUCUCUCCCUUCAUUUCUCUCAUGGAGCCUCUGGUCUUACUAUUUGCUCUUCCAUUACUCUAUUUGCUUGUGAAAAUAUGGAAGCAUUUUGAUGCAAAGAGGGACCAACAAUGCUAUAUUUUAGACUACCAAUGCUUCAAACCAACUGACGACAGAAUGCUGGGCACUGAGCUCUGUGGAGACCUUAUGAGGCGCACCAAAAAUCUUGGCCUUGAAGAGUUCAAAUUCCUUCUCAAAGCCGUCGUCAACUCCGGCAUCGGCGAGCAAACCUACGGCCCGAGAGUAGUCUUCUCUGGCAAAGAACGCCGCCCUUCUCUUCUCGACUCCAUCUCUGAAGUCGAAGAGUUUUUCCAAGAUUCCCUCCAGAAGCUCUUCGACAAGUCCGGAGUUUCCCCCUCCCAAAUCGACAUUCUCGUUGUCAACAUCUCCAUGUUCUCCACCUCCCCUUCUCUUGCCUCGAGAAUCAUCAACAGGUACAAGAUGAGAGAAGACAUUAAAGUGUUCAAUCUGGCUGGGAUGGGAUGCAGCGCCAGCCUGAUUUCUUUGGACAUUGUUAGGCAAAUGUUCAAAUCUUACAAGAACUCACAUGCCAUUGUCGUGACAUCGGAGUCGCUCACUCCGAACUGGUACUCCGGUAACGACCGAUCCAUGAUUCUGUCGAACUGUUUGUUCCGAUCCGGUGGCGCGGCCAUACUUCUGACCAACAAAAGGGGUUUGAGAAACAAAGCCAUGUUCAAGCUCAAGUGUCUGGUGAGAACCCACCAUGGAGCCCAAGACGAGUCCUAUGGCUGUUGCUUUCAGAAGGAAGAUGACCAAGGCAACCUAGGUUUCCAUCUGGGAAAGACCCUACCAAGGGCAGCAACUCGAGCAUUCACAGACAACCUAAGAGAAAUCUCAACCAAAAUCCUUCCCAUAACGGAGAUAUUCCGGCUAGCACUCCUCACAAUACUACACAAAAUCUCCUUGGCCGGGUCCUCGAAGCUGCGUCGGCCGAAGCCAGCGGCGAACUUCUGGGCCGGGGCAGAGCAUUUCUGCCUGCACACCGGGGGGAAGGCAGUGAUAGAUGGGGUGGGAAAGAGCCUGGGCCUGACGGAGUACGACCUCGAACCGGCUCGAAUGACGCUCCACCGGUUCGGGAACACGUCCGCGAGCAGCCUGUGGUACGUACUGGGGUACAUGGAGGCGAAGAAGAGGCUGAAGAAGGGGGACAGAGUUCUGAUGAUAAGCUUUGGCGCGGGGUUUAAAUGCAACAGCUGCGUGUGGGAAGUGGUGGCAGAGUCCGGUGGUGGGCGUUGUAAUGUGUGGGAAGAUUGCAUUAAUGGCUACCCACCAUUGUCCUUGGCGAACCCUUUCAUUCAAAGGUUCGGCUGGAUUCAGAACCAAGAUCCAGCCACCUUCACAUCGCUUUGACUCCAACACAAACCAAAAUGGAAAGACAAGGAGGGUUGAUAUAUAUUAUAUUCUUUUUUGGAAGGAAAAAAAAGUUUUAUUUUUUUGUUGAGAUUUUCUUCCAACGGUGUUUACUGGUCACAAUCUAUCUUUGUGGCUUACUACUAUUUAAAAAUUUUAGAACAUUAAAAAAGGAAGUUUAAACUUAGGUACUUAGGUGAU